AUGGUUAGAGGGACUGAUGAGCACGGGUAUUCCUGCCUGCCCACUUUUUCGUACAUGAUCAACGUUCUUAAUGUUGGCACUACCUAUUCCAUCAUGGUGAACAAGGUCGAUUGUAGGUUUACGUGCUGCUUUUUAUCGUUGGGCCCUUGCAUUAGGGGAUUUACCCACAUGAGGAAGGUUAUUGUGGUUGAUGACACUCAUUUAUAUGGCAAGUACGAGGGCAUGCUACUAAGCGCGGUUGAACAGAAUACGGAGAACCAUAUUUAUCCCAUUGCCUUUUGCGUUAUUGACAAGGAGAACUAUGCAUCUUGGAUGUUCUUCUUUGAGAAGCUGAAGUCUAUUGUGAUCGAUGGACCAGAUUUAUGCUUUAUCUCUGAUAGGCACAAGAGCAUCGCCAACGGUAUCGUGAAAGCGUACAGCCAUGCUUAUCACGGGUACUGCAUGAGGCACCUAGGUGAAAAUCUCUGGGCAUAUUCUCCCGAGGAGUUUAGCGACCAUUUUGUGGAAUUCAAGAACUACUAUCCCGAGGUAGCCUUUUUCCUCGAGCAUGAGGUUGGUUUUGAGAAAUGGAGCAGGGCAUAUUUCUCCCGUAAUAGGUUUGACGUGAUGACCACAAAUAUUUCCGAGUCGGUGAAUGCUAUAUUGAUUGACGAAAGGGAGUACCCCGUGGUAUCCAUAUUCAAUUCGAUUGCCAAGUGGUUUGAUGAAAUAUUCAGGAAGAGGCGUGCCUACGGCCUCAAAUGUAAGGAUAACAAAUUUGUUUCGACCGUCGAAAAGAUCUUAAGAGACAAUAUGAGCGAGCGCGACUCCUUCUAUGUAGAGAACAUAAGUGGGGACGAAAGGAAGUUUGACCUGGUCAAAAUACCAUGUGUUCACGCGAUGGCCACUUUACGAUUGAAGCAUGGUGAAGAUUAUAGUUUGAGAGUCUAUUAUUACUCUUUACCCCUGUAUAAAGUGGAAGAGUACCUCCUUGCAUAUUCAGAAUCAAUUAAUGUUGUCCCUUUGAAGUCCGAAUGA